AAGCCCCGGCCCCGCGGUGGGAGGGAGGCGAAGUCCUGCGAGGGCCGAGUUCUGUCUGCCGCGGUUUCGAGGAUUAAUAAUUUAGGCCGCCCUUUGCAAUAGGAAACCCGCAGUCGGUUGUUCCUGCCACAGCGCGAGGGCUUGGAUGCAGCGGGCGGUUUUCAGUGUGCGCAGCUGAAGAUUCGUAAAGGAAGCCCUCCUCCGCCUGCUUGGCCGGCGCUGCCUGCCCAUGCCGGUGCCCAGCAGGAAUGUCAGCAUCGGCCGUUCCCAGAGCUGGGAUGCCGCCGGCUGGUACGAGGGCCCCUGGGAGAUGGCCAAGGCUCCGGGCCGGAGCAGCUCCCUGACCGACGGAGGCAGAGAGGGGCCCUGGUGUGAACCGGCGCCCGACCUGUGCCACGAGGCCUUCUAUAGCUCGGUGGCUGGCAGGAAGAGCUCCGUGCCCGACUUCACCUUUUACGACAGCAGGCAGGCGGUGAUGUCCGCGCAUGGCGCCCUGCUGCGGCGGGAUUACUACGGGGACCCGUCCGGAGCCGCUCAGGUGCCUAGAGAGCCGCACCACCUCCGGGACGCCGGAGUCGGCCGCUCGCUGCCCGGCCACGGUGUGCUUGGCAACAGGGUGGCAUGGGGGCAGGUGCAAGGCCAGGCCCCUGCCCUGCAGGAUGCGGCACACCUGUACCGGGACCCCGCAGGUAGAGUGAUCGCCCUGGGACAGCGGACACAGAGCAGGGCCCCCUCGCCUGUGCCCUACGCCGGGGAGCCGGCCCCUGGCAGGUAUGGCACAGAGGCGCCCACCUACCCCGCUGGCCAGGUCUACAAUGACGUUGGCGAGAGGCCUGUGGAGCCGGUCCCCACCAGGCAGGCGGCCCCCACGUGCCUGGUCGUGGACCCCACCGGGCCUGCUGCCUCUGACGGUGGCCCGGGGGCAGCCCCAGGUACCCUAAAUCGAGGCUACGGGCAGGAGAGCAUCCCCUCCAAGAUGGCUUACGGGAACUGUGAGGCCGACCUGACCUUCCAGGGGCCCGGGGGCAAGAGGAGCGUGCUGCCCGAGUUCCUGGCCCUGCUGCGGGCGGAGGGCGUGGCGGAGCUCACCCUGGCGGCCCUGCUCCAGCAAGGCUUCGACUGCCCGGCCGUCCUGGCCACGAUGGAGGCUGCGGACAUCAAGUGUGUGGCACCCAACCUGGGCCAGGCCCGCGUCCUGAGCCGCCUGGUCAGCAACUGCAGGACCGAGAUGCAGCUGCGCAGGCAGGGCCAGGCGGGCGGCGCCCUGCCCCGGACUCGCUCCAGCAGCUUCAGCCACCGAAGCGAGCUCCACGGGGACGUGUCUUCUCUGGGCACCGUGGGCCUGCCGCCCCAGCAGGGGGGGCCCCUGCCGGCAGCUGCCUCCCGCGCUGGAGACCCCUCCCGCCGCCCCUCCAGUGCGCCCUCCCAGCACCUCCUGGAGACGGCAGCCGCCUACUCUGCUGGGGUGGCUGCCCAAGCCCCCCACUUCUCCUCCAACUCUGGGUACAGCUCUCCCACCCCCUGUGCCCUGACAGCACGGCUGGGCCCCACGUUCUCCCCGCAGGCAGGAGUGGCCUUGACGAACCCGGGCCCCGCGGCCCCCCUUCACCCAGGCCCCAGAACAGCCUACUCCACGGCGUACACGGUGCCCAUGGAGCUGCUGAAGCGGGAGCGGAGCCUGGCCGCGGUGCCCCUGCCCAGCCCCCACGGCGGCACCCAGCCCCAGCGGAAGCCCGGUGUCCCCCUGGAGCCGGCUGCCCUGCCGCCAGCCAGCCAGAGCCUGCACAUGCCUCACUCGCCCUACCAGAAGGUGGCCCGGCGGACGGGGGCCCCCAUCAUCGUCUCCACCAUGCUCGCCCCAGAACCAAGUAUCCGCCCCCAGAUCAUGAACGGCCCCCUGCACCCCCGCCCCCUGGUGGCACUGCUGGACGGCAGAGACUGCACCGUGGAGAUGCCCAUCCUGAAGGACCUGGCCACGGUGGCCUUCUGUGACGCCCAGUCCACGCAGGAGAUCCAUGAGAAGGUGCUGAACGAAGCCGUCGGCGCCAUGAUGUACCACACCAUCACCCUCACCAGGGAGGACCUGGAGAAGUUCAAGGCCCUCAGAGUGAUUGUGCGGAUCGGCAGCGGCUACGACAACGUGGACAUCAAGGCUGCGGGCGAGCUCGGGAUCGCCGUGUGCAACAUCCCAUCGGCGGCGGUGGAAGAGACGGCGGAUUCCACCAUCUGCCACGUGCUCAGCCUGUACCGGAGGAACACGUGGCUGUACCAGGCCCUGCGGGAAGGCACACGGGUGCAGAGCGUCGAGCAGAUCCGAGAGGUCGCCUCGGGGGCAGCCCGCAUCCGCGGGGAGACGCUGGGCCUCAUCGGCUUCGGUCGCACGGGGCAGGCUGUUGCUGUCCGAGCCAAGGCCUUUGGAUUCAGCGUCAUCUUCUAUGACCCCUACUUGCAGGACGGGAUCGAGCGGUCCCUGGGCGUGCAGAGGGUCUACACCCUACAGGACUUACUGUAUCAGAGUGACUGCGUCUCCUUGCACUGUAAUCUCAACGAGCAUAACCACCACCUCAUCAAUGACUUUACUAUAAAGCAGAUGAGGCAAGGGGCGUUCCUGGUGAACGCGGCCCGCGGCGGACUGGUGGACGAGAAAGCCUUAGCCCAGGCCCUCAAGGAAGGCAGGAUACGAGGGGCGGCCCUGGACGUGCACGAGUCGGAGCCUUUCAGCUUUGCUCAGGGGCCCCUGAAAGACGCACCGAACCUCAUCUGCACGCCGCACACAGCCUGGUAUAGUGAACAGGCCUCACUAGAGAUGAGGGAGGCGGCGGCCACCGAGAUUCGCCGGGCGAUCACAGGUCGCAUCCCCGAGAGCUUAAGGAACUGUGUGAACAAGGAAUUCUUCGUCACCACAGCUCCCUGGUCCGUCAUCGAUCAGCAGGCGAUUCACCCAGAGCUCAACGGCGCCACAUACAGAUACCCGCCAGGGAUCGUGGGCGUGGCCCCAGGCGGACUUCCUGCCGCCAUGGAAGGGAUCAUCCCUGGAGGCAUCCCGGUGACUCACAACCUCCCCACAGUGGCACACCCUUCCCAAGCACCCUCUCCCAACCAGCCCACUAAACACGGGGACAGUCGAGAGCACCCCAACGAGCAAUAGCAGAGGAUGACAGAAGGUCAGAUACACCCGGGACCAAGAGACAGUGGAAUAGAUGAACUAAGGAAAGGAUGGUCUUUUUAACUGACUCUGGACAUGCGCACCAUUGACAUUGCAGUGUUAAGACGCCGAGGCGUGGGAAAGCUGAAGACGCCUUCUGCUUGCGGAGGCCCCGAAAGACUAGGACGUGACUUAUAACGACCAACUUCUGUUAUUGUGUGUUAAGUUUUUCAUCUGUGCUUCAAAUCACAAAGAAUAAAUAGAUCUUUUCCCUUAUCAGUCCCUUGGGCACAGCAGGUCCUGGACUCCUUGCUGUAGAAUGUUGCGUCAAGAAUUCCAAACAUCAAAAUAAAACAUGUUGAGAGGCAACCCCCAUCCUGUGACUCUGGUCCCUUCGGUCCACGGGGCUGGUUGCCUCUUUCACUAAUAGGAAGAUUAAAUCGCUGCAAAGCGGAGAACCCUGUCUGCCUGUGUCAGACAGCUGACCGCAAGCACAGGACGAAGACCGCCCGCUUGUAGACAAGUCUCCCACCGGACUGCACACUGAGCGGGCGAGCUGGUUGUGAGUUCAGUGAUACCCUCUAUGAUGCAAAAAAAAAAAAAAAAAAA